UAAGUCAAGUAAGAUGCAUAUGUAAAAGGGAGAAGAUUAUUGUUCCAGUACACCUCUUCCAUCGUAAUAAUUAUCCAUCUUUGAAGUCGGCCAAGCUAUUCCACAACGAACUAAAUACUUCCUUGGUAGAAAUUUCUCCAAAUUUCAUGUGAUGAUGGUUCUUGGAGAGGCAAACGCGUUGUAGUCAAAUAUGCGUGGUCGACAGUCAUCCUUGCACACGGCAACCAGGGUCCCGGGCGGGCUGGGGUUGGUUUUGUGCGUCAUCCCCCGCGGCUAGACUCGCUCUCCCAAAUACAUGCACAACAUACGCGUAACACAAUGGCUUUCUCCUGAGUAUCAACGACACGUUGCUGGAUAUCUACUCAUGAACCUUUCAUCUAUGAGUUGGAGAACAUAUCAACAGAUAUAUUCCGUGAUCUAGUGCAGAUAUGCAUUUGGAGACGCGUGGAAAAGCAUUGUUAUGCGCGACGAUCUGGAGUCUAGCUGUGGAGGCAGCUUGGGUGCCUGGAUUUACACCGCAAACCUACCGCGACGGCGACAUCCUCCCACUCCUCCAAACCCGCGCCUCCUCCCCCCACACUUCCUCCCCAGACCAUGCCUACGCAAACCUCCCCAUCGCAUGCCCACCGUCAUCGCACUACCCAGGCACCUCCUCCCGCAUCCCUCUAUCUCUCGCGCAAAUCGCCCGCGGCGACCGCAUCACCGUAUCCCAGCAUAACCUCGUCUUCGGCAUCGACGAAGUAGAUAAAUUACUAUGCACUCUCGACCUUGACACCAGCGCCGCACGACGCGCAAAAGACCUCAUCGCAAAAGGCUAUCGUCAAGAAUGGGUUCUAGACGGGUUACCUGGCGUGCAGGCGUGGAGGAACAUAUCGGGCACAGGACGCUAUCAUGCUCGCGGAGCCUCGCUCGGCGCGAAAAUCGAAGACGAACACAAUGUAGAUGCCAUGAGGAAAGGAGUGCCGCAAGCGUAUGAAGUGUAUAACCACAUGGAUCUGCUGAUACGGUAUCGCUCGCUAGGACGCCCGCGUCAAUUGGAUGCGCUGCUCUCACUACCCGAGGCGCGCAGGGACGAGGAGCUGGCGAAGUUGCAGGGGGUGGAGUGGGAGAGGGUUGUUGUUGGGUUUGAGAUGUUUCCCCGGAGUCGGAAGGUUGCUGCUACGAUGGCGGCGGGAAAGGCGGUGGAGAAGCGUAUGAGGAUUUGGCCGUUGCCUGUUUCUACUGGGACGGGUCGGACGAUGAGGAAGGGGAAGAAGGUGGAGGUUAUAGAUGGUGGAAAGGAGGAAGGCAAGGUGCGGGUUCCGGUCACGUAUUCAGUGUAUUGGCGGGAGGAGAAGCGUGAGGAUGAUGGAGGAUUGGAGUGGGAAGAUCGGUGGGAGAGAUUUACUUUGGCGGAAGAGGCCGAGUCGACUGUGCCUUAUAAGUUCAGCGUUUGGACCUGGGUUAUUUGGUUGGUUUUUGGGUAUUGGCUUGGAAGUGGACCAUCGAAAGAUGCAGAGGAAGAGAACAAGGAUGACGACAGCUCCAUUCCUCCUCAGGCGAUCAAGAGUGUCCAAAUGCAGCCCAACAAGAAACCCGGAAAGGCGAAGAAGAGUUACGGUCUCUUAUCCCAACAACACAAGUCCGCUAUCCCGCAGUCGUCUUUAUCAGACGACGAAGACGAGAAACAAUCCCUAAAACCCGCGCCAUUACCACCCAACAUCUCCUCUCCUCGCUUCAGAACAUACAUAUCCACCUUCCUUCCCCCUUUUCUCGGCGCCGGCAUCCAAUCCCUCACCCUCUUAACCACCAUCUUUUCGAUCUACCUCCUAAACUUCGCCCAUGUCCCCUACUUCAGCCACUUCCUGACCCUCUCGAUUCUCACCCAUCUCACCCUCCUGGUUUCCUCCGGCUACGUCUCAUUUUAUGUCCACACAACAACCCAAUCAUACCCGGCACACCGCUCCGCCUUACCCCAACCAACUUUUCAGAAUCUCCUCCAAAAAAAUACCCUCCUCACCAUCUUCACCCUCCCCAUUCUCACACUCGUAGCCACGUGGCUUAUCAAUCUAAAUGUGUGGUGGCAAGCCGGCGGCACCGCAAUCCCGUUCUCAACGGUCAUCGCAGCUGGGACGCUGUGGGUGUUCAUCCAAGCAACUCUCGUCCUCGCGGGAUCAUGGUAUGCGGCCGUCGAGCUUUCAGAGAAAAGCAGUGCUACCACCAGUACCACCGCUAUUAUCAGGAGCAGUAUCAGUACCGCUGUUACCUUCCCCCCUCCAUCGCGUUUCAAAACCGCGUUUUGCUUCGUACUCGCUGGAUUAGCGCCUUUUGUGGUUGCGUGGGGAGCUCUAGAAGGACUGUCUCUAGCCUUCUUCUGCAGAAGGCAAGAGCUCUAUAUACAUAUUAAAGUGCUUACGGCGAAGUUCGAUGCGCAAUUCCAAUGUAGUGGGGCGUAUUCAUCGAUCUGGAGCGCGAGAGGGUGGAGCGGUGUUAUGGGGACGUGGGAGGGGUUAUUCAUCCUAGGUCUCGUCGGUAUAUUUUCCGGGAUGACAGUUGUAUUAUCGACGAAGAUUUCCGGUUCGAUUCUCUUGGGUGGGAAAGGGAGAGGUGGGGAUAAGCACACACUCACAACCCAACACCAACAACAACAUAACCCUACAGCCGCCCUCCUCUCCCACUGUACCCUCGCCACAACCCCCGCACUCAUCCUCUACAUCCUCCUCCAAUACACAUCCCUCACGAACCCGCUGCGCCCCGUCGGCGUCAUCCCCGCGCUCUUGUACGCUGCGUAUACGGCUCUAGCGUGCAUUGUCUGUGCAUUGGGCUGUGCAGCUCUAGGCAGUUUGAGUGUGGGUUUCGGGGGAUGGGGAAUGAGGGGGCAAGGAGGUGUGAGGGAAGGGGUACGAGGAGGGGGCGGGAUGAAAGACCGGUAG